AUGUCUAAAAUUAACAUGCUGAGAUGUUUAGUCAACCAGCGACUAACUGCGGCUGCUGAGGAGAUCUGUGGUCUGUUUGAAAGAACCAUAGCGGAGUACGAGGAGGAACUUUCUCGAUCAAAAGAGGAGAACGACCGACAACAGAAACUACUGGACGCUGUUCUCAUCCCUCAGCUCCGGUUACACAGAGCAGACAUCCAGCAGCUGUUGGUGGUUAAAGAAGAGGUUCCCCCUGAGCAGCAGGAGUCCAGUCUGGACCAGGAGGACCCAGAGCCGCCCCCACACAUUAAAGAGGAACAGGAGGAACUCUUGACCAGUCAGGAGGGAGAGCAGCUUCAAGGGCUAGAGGAGGCUGAUGUCAAGUUCUCAUUCACUCCUGUGAAGAGUGAAGAGGAAGCUCAGUCCUCACAGCUUCAUCAAAGACAAACUGAACAGAUGGAAACAGAAGCUGAUGGAGAGGACUGUGGAGGACCAGAACCAGGCAGGAACUCAGAUCCAGAACCAGAUUCUGAUGAGAAGACUGGAGACUCUUCUGACACUGAUGACAGUGAUGAUUGGAAGGAGACCAGAGAACCUCAGUCAGGUUUAAACUCUGUGAAACCUGAUGAAGUUCAUGUCAGUGAUUCAAGAUGUAGCGCUGGUGAGAAACUAUUUAGCUGCUCUGAGUGUGAGAAAACAUUUGGAAGAAAGGGAAAUCUGAAGACACACAUGGGAACCCACACAGGAGAGAAACCUUACAGCUGCUCAGUCUGUUAGACCUCUUUUAACAAGUGUUCACAUUUACAGGUACACAUGAGAACCCACACAGGAGAGAAACCUUUCAGCUGCUCAGUCUGUAAGAAAUCUUUUAACAAGUGUUCACAUUUACAGGUACACAUGAGAACCCACACAGGAGAGAAACCUUACAGCUGCUCAGACUACCAGUCUGCCACCCAUGGCAAUACGACGUAUGAGACCUGGCCUUCCAGGAGCCACGAUGGACUCCCGGUGGCCGAGUCCACCGUCUUCAUGUCAGAGACUCCAGUCGGCACGGGCGCGUCCCGCUGGGUCAACGGUCACAUGACGGUGGUUCACGACCCGCUGAGGACAUUGUCGGUGGUGGAGCCCGGCGGCCCCGGUGGCUGUGAGAAAAGCCCCCCACGGGUGAGGGUGGAGGAGACGGCCGUGCGGGCCGGGUGUCUGUACGCCCAGAACGCCGGCUUCUUCAACACCACCUCGUACGGCUGUCUGGGCAACGUGGUGAGCGACGGCCGGAUGGUGAGGGACAGCGGGGGGCUGCAGAACGCCCAGUUUGGCAUCAGGAGGGACGGCAGCCUGGUGUUUGGGUAUCUGUCCCAGGAAGACGUUUUGGACCAGUCCAACCCGUUCGUCCAGCUCGUCAGCGGUGUGGUGUGGCUGUUGAGGAACGGAGAGGUUUACAUCAACCAGAGCCUGGAGGCCGAGAGCAACAUAGUCGAUAUGGAGGUUUUCCGUGAUUUUGUGGACGUGCUGUCAGCGAGGAUGGUGGUGGGUCACGACGCCGAAGGCAACGUGGUCCUGUUUCACGUGGGCGGACAGAGCUUAAAAAGAGGACAAACAUGGCUGAUCAUCACCGUCACUCUGGCCUCUUUGCUGCUGAUCCGACAGCUGCUUCACUGCAUGCGGGCGAGUCGGAGAUGGCUUCUGUUCGGUUACUUCUCCAUAAACGUCACGCUGAACGACGUCAGAGGAGAUGCAGGGAAGACGCAGAUAUACUGA